AAUGGAAGCAAAUCUCGCGAUCCCUGCCUUUUUUGCCUAGCGACUGACAACAGGCUGUUGGCUCCAAGUAGAAUCUGCCUGACGUGAGAUUGGAGACCCCGGCCCUAAGCUGGGGUUCUGCCCAUAUAGGGGAGACGGAUUCAGAGGGGCUACAGACCAAGAUUGUUGAAAACCAGACUUACGAUGAGCGGCUAGAGAUCCACGAUUCUGAGGAGGUUGCAAGCGUUCAUACUCCAACUCCGGGUCGCCAGGGACUUCUUCAUUCUGCCCGGCUCCACGGCCAGAGCAUGGCUGACAACAGCAGCGACGAGUAUGAAGAGGAAAGUAACAAGGUCCUAAGCGAGGGCAUGCCACAGGCUGCAAGCCACAGAGGCAAGGACACGGACCCCAUUCCAACUGCCCCCGCAAGUCCCAAGCACCACCAGCCCUCUUCUCGUGGACUGGAGAGGGUGGGAUGGUACAGAGAGAGGCAUCAGCUCAGUAAGGAGAAGAAGAAGACCAACCCCCAGAUGACCUCACAGCGGGGCUUCAGCGAGAAUGACGAUGACGACGACGACGAUGACGACUCCUCUGAGAGUGACUCUGACACAGACGAUGAUGAAGAGCAUGGUGCCCCUCUGGAAGGGGCCUACGAUCCUGCAGAGUAUGAGCACCUGCCAGUGUCCGCCGAGAUUAAGGAACUCUUCCAGUACAUCAGCAGGUACACACCCCAGCUCAUUGACCUGGAACACAAGCUGAAACCUUUCAUCCCGGAUUUCAUCCCAGCUGUUGGGGACAUUGAUGCGUUCUUAAAGGUCCCACGUCCUGAUGGAAAGCCUGACAACCUUGGCCUGUUGGUGCUGGAUGAACCUUCUACAAAGCAGUCUGACCCCACAGUGCUCUCACUGUGGUUGACAGAAAACUCCAAGCAGCACAACAUCACGCAACAUAUGAAAGUCAAGAGCCUGGAAGAUGCAGAAAAGAAUCCCAAGGCUAUCGACACGUGGAUUGAGAGCAUCUGUGAGUUGCACCGCUCCAAGCCCCCUGCCAUCGUGCACUACACCAGGCCCAUGCCGGACAUCGACACACUGAUGCAGGAGUGGUCCCCAGAAUUUGAGGAGCUUUUGGGCAAGGUGAGCCUGCCCACGGCGGAGAUUGACUGCAGCCUGGCUGAGUACAUCGACAUGAUCUGUGCCAUCCUGGACAUCCCUGUCUACAAGAGCCGGAUUCAGUCCCUGCACCUGCUGUUCUCCCUCUACUCGGAGUUCAAGAAUUCGCAGCAUUUUAAAGCUCUGGCUGAGGGCAAGAAAACAUUCUCCCCUCCAUCCAACUCCACCUCCCAAGCUGGAGAUGUGGAGACACUGACCUUCAGCUGAGACACGCUGCCAGCAGCUCUGUUUCAACGCCGAGCUGCAGCUCUGCCCUCGCUGAGGCAGAGAGAUGGCUGUCAGCCGCCAGCGGCUCAGCCUGCCUCAGCCAGGGCACUGGUGGCUCCCAGAUGGCUCUCCCUGGGUAGUUACACGUCUUCCCACUGUGGAGACUGCCCUGAGAAGAAUUGGAAUUUACUGAAGGGUUGCAGAGGAAAGCCUAAAAGAUGUUCUUUUUGGGAUAGGAAUGGGAUGAUCUUUGAGUUAAUUGGCCAAGAUUUUACAAAUAAAAUACCCUAUCUGUC